GUUUAAAACACAAAUGAAUUCUUCUAGAAAAGCAGUUUUGUGUUUCUAAACUUGAAUUUUAGCCUUUAACCCCGACAUCUUUUCUCUGUCGUCGCUCUGGGUGUUUUGUAUAACUGUUCCAAGGACAGCAAAGGCCGUGCGUUCCUCUACGCAAAUUUCCACCUGCAGGAAACGGAUUUUGCGGCGUGUUUUCUCCUUCACAGAGCCAAAACGCAUCCAAAGAACAAGGACAUUUAUUUAUUUUUUACCAUCUCUGCGAGUUUAAUUUCGACUGAAAGCUCCUCAGUUAACGGACCAACAUGCCUCGGUCAUUUCUGGUGAAAAACAAAAGGUGCACGUCUUUUAAUGUUCACCGAUCAUAUGAAGACGAGCCGAAGGCCUCCAUAAGUACAGAAGUCCCACCGGAGGUUCAGAGCUCAGACUCCUUAGACGGGCCUCAGUCAGAGGGGCGGUCUUCCCCUAUAGACCGCAGCUGGUUUGGAAAGGAAGAGACGGCCCUCGAAAGCCCCACACCUGUUCACCCAGAGCCAAUCCGACCCUCUGUGGCCCCCACACAGUCAUACUAUCUAAAUGAGCCUCACAUGGCAGGAUUCCCUCCUUAUUACAAGCCUGCCUAUGCCUGGGAGUCGGUGCCUUCCUCCUAUGAGCUCCGUCAGAUGAGUUUCAGCCCCACAGUGCUGCAGCACACCAGCAAUCUGUACAACAGCCACGUCAGCCGCAGUGCACAGCCUCAGCAGCCUCUGGACUGCAGCACACACUACUCCCCCACCUCCAACACCUAUCACUGCAUCACCUGUGACAAGGUGUUCUCAACGCCUCACGGACUGGAGGUCCACGUCAGGAGGUCGCACAGUGGAACGAGACCUUUUGGCUGCAACAUCUGCAGAAAAACCUUCGGCCACGCUGUCAGUCUGGAGCAACACAUGAAUGUCCACUCUCAGGAAAAGAGCUUCGAGUGCAAAAUGUGUGGCAAGACAUUCAAACGCUCCUCCACUCUUUCCACGCACCUGCUCAUCCACUCGGACACGAGGCCUUACCCCUGCCAGUACUGCGGCAAGAGGUUCCACCAGAAGUCUGACAUGAAGAAACACACGUACAUUCACACCGGUGAAAAACCCCACAAAUGCCAAGUGUGUGGUAAAGCGUUCAGCCAAAGCUCCAAUCUGAUCACCCACAGCAGGAAACACACAGGCUUCAAACCGUUUGGAUGUGACAUUUGUUCCAAGGGCUUCCAGCGUAAAGUGGAUCUGCGCAGGCACCACGAGAGCCAGCACGGCAUGAAGUGAAUGAGCACAAGAGCAACAAUUUAAAGGGAUAGUUUGGGCCUUAUGAGAUGGUAUUGUAUGCUGCUGUGGACAGGGUCAGCAGAAAAAACGUUUUUGAGCCACAUUAACCUAAAAGAAAUCCACAUCCAUUUAAGCGUACAUCAUAAUGAACAUAUUAUCAGUGCUUUACCUAGCUGACAGCCCUUUCCUUCGAUGCUACAUUGUCUCAACUUAUGCAUUCCUAUGCCUUAGCCUGUGCACGGUGUACUUCAGAUCUGACGUCAAGGUAAAGCAGUGAGCAUGUUCACUAUAGUGUACACUUAAUUUUUUUUAAGUGGAUCUUUUAUUUUAUGUGGCUAAAACACAUUUUCCAGCAGUGUUUUGCUUUUACUUCCAUGUUGGGACUUCCUCAGACAUGUCAUAUGAUCCCACUUCAAAAAACUCACACUGUCCCUUUAACAGUAGCAAGGCUUUGUGCAUGUAGCUGACCGCCAAAUUUCUUUUCAAACAAUAAGCUGAUAUCGAUCAAGAUGUCUGCUAUAUUUUGAAUGAAAUCAAAUUCCAACUGAAGUCAAUUUAACCCCCCUGUGAAGAAAUUGAGUAGUUGAAGUGUAUUAAUUAAUAUAUUAGAAGCAAUGUUUCAAAGUUGUGUUUGCAUGUGGAUGAAUGAAAGGUGUGCUUGUUAUAUGAAAAAAACAACAACAAAAGCAAAUACAUUUUUUGUUCCAUAUAAUUUAUUUAAAAUAUGCUUGAGCGUUGUAUGUUGACUGGAGUCUGUGUGUGUUGAUAACUGCUUUGAACUGAAAUAAAGAGUGAGUUGAGUCAAA